UCUUCUUCCGUCUCGCGUCGUUUUCGCUCUCUGCGUCGCCCUUUCUCUCUCUCUCUCUCUCUCUCUUCCGAGGAUUGGAUCCAGAGAAGAGCAAAGAUCAGAAGAGCUAUUCGUUCCUCUUCCCCCCGGAUCCCGCCCAUCCCUUCUUCCUUCAUUUCGGGAUGACUGUCGAUCCGCGUUUCUUCGUGGGCGAAGAGUGAAUUGGAACUCGUCUGCCUGGAGCCAGAUUCCGGAGGGAUACGGAAGUGCUUCUAGGAGCUUCCUUGGUCGGAAGCUUCUAGAAUUGAUAGGGCGAUGGAGUCUAUCUUGGCUAGGGCUCUGGAGUACACCCUCAGUCGCUGGCUAAAGUCCUUCUCGAGGGAGCAGUUUAAGUUGCAAGGCCGAUCCGUGCUGCUGUCGAAUUUAGAUAUCAAUGGAGAUGCUCUUCACGCCAGCGUCGGGCUGCCGCCUGCGCUGAAUGUUGCGCAAGCGAAAGUCGGGAGGUUAGAGAUAAAGUUGCCAUCUGUUUCCUAUGUGCAAACAGAACCAAUCAUCAUUCAGAUUGAUAAACUUGAUUUGGUGCUUGAGGAGAAUUCUGACUCUGAAUCUGACAAGGCUAUUCCCAAUUUCCAACCAUCCUCAACUUCUGCAAAAAGUAGUGGCUAUGGCUUUGCGGAUAAGAUUGCAGAUGGCAUGACCAUACAAGUGGGCCAAGUCAAUCUUAUGCUUGAAACUCGAGGUGGUGCAGGAGGGCAAGGAGGUGCAACAUGGACACCACCUAUGGCAUCUAUUACAAUACGCAACCUUUUGUUAUUUACAACAAAUGAGAAAUGGCAGUUUGUAAACCUUAAGGAAGCUAGAGAUUUUUCCUGUGAUAAGAAGUGCAUAUAUGUCUUCAAGAAAUUGCAGUGGGAAUCAUUAUCUGUUGAUCUGUUGCCUCACCCCAACAUGUUCUUGGAUGAGCACCUCACACGUGGAGGUGUUGGAAAUAAUAAGCGUGAUGAUGAUGGUGCAAAACGGCUAUUCUUUGGAGGGGAAAGGUUUUUGGAUGGCAUAUCUGGAGAUGCUUAUAUCACUAUCCAAAGGACAGAGCAAAAUAACCCAUUGGGACUUGAGGUUCAGUUGCAUAUUAUGGAAGCUGUGUGUCCUUCUCUCAGUGAACCAGGUUUGCGUGCUUUUCUGCGGUUCAUGACUGGAUUGUAUGUGUGCUUGAAUAGGGGAGAUGUGGACCCAAAGGCAAAACAGCGCUUGAACGAGGCAGCCGGCUGUUCUCUAGUGUCCAUUAUUGUUGACCAUAUUUUUCUUUGUAUUCGAGAUGCAGAAUUCCGGCUGGAACUAUUGAUGCAGUCACUCUGCUUUUCUCGGGCUAGUAUAUCUUGGGGGGAUAAGACCAAGAACAUGACCCGUGUGAUGGUUGGCGGAUUGUUCUUGAGGGACACAUUUUCUCAGCCACCAUGCACCCUUGUACAGCCUUCAAUGCAGCUUGAUCGACAAGACGCUACUGUUCCAAACUUUGCUGAUGAAAAUGUUUGGCCUAAAAUUUAUCCACUUGGGGAACAGAGCUGGCAAAUAUGUGAUGCUGUUCCACUUCUUCACAUCUUCUCUGUUCAGCUUAAGCCUUCACCUUCUCCUCCGUUGUUUGCCUCAGAAACAGUAAUCAGAUGCCUGCCUAUUAUGAUCAAUCUUCAGGAAGAGAGCUGCUUGAGGAUUGCAUCAUUCUUGGCUGAUGGGGUUGUGGUGAGCCCAGGUGCUGUGUUGUCUGAUUCCUCAAUUAACUCUGUUCAGUUCACCCUUGAAGAGUUUGAUCUUAUAGUUCCACUGGUUGCUGGAAACUCUAGCAGUAAUUCCUUUGCUGGUGCUAGGCUCCAUGUGGAAGAUCUAUUCUUAUCACAGUCGCCAAAGCUGAAAUUUAAACUGCUGAACCUGGAAAAGGAUCCUGCUUGCUUCUGUCUGUGGGAGGAUCAACCAAUUGAUUCCAGUAUGCGAAAAUGGAUGACAGGAGCUUCCCGUAUUAGCCUGUCUCUUGAAACAGAAGGCAACUUGUUGAAAUGUCAGGAUUCUCCUGACUGGUCUGGGGGUAUGUGGAGAUGUGUUGAACUCCAUGGGGCUCUCUUUGAGGUGGCUAUGGCUACUGCUGAUGGUUGCCCACUGAUAACUGUUCCACCUCCUGGUGGAAUUGUGAGAAUUGGUGUAGCCUGUGAGCAGUACUUAUCAAAUACUUCAGUUGAGCAGUUAUUUUUUGUUUUGGACCUUUAUACUUACUUUGGGAAUGUAAGUGAGAAGAUAUCAAAAGUUGGAAAAGUUAAGAGUCCAAGGAGAAGAGAGGAAAGCUCCAGUGGAGGACUGUUAGAUGUAGUUCCAAGUGACACAGCUGUCAACUUAGUUGUAAAAAGUCUCCAGCUUAAAUUUCUUGACUCAUCUUCGAAAAGUAUUGAAGGGAUGCCUUUAGUCCUUUUUGGAGGAGACAAUCUGUUUAUAAAUGUCGCACACAGAACUCUUGGUGGUGCAGUAGUUGUUUCAUCCAGUCUGCGGUGGGAUGGUGUUCAGAUAGACUGUGUCGAUACAGAUGGAACUCUUUUACAUUCUAACCUUAGUGAAGCUCACUUGGGGAAUGGAUCCAUGUCACCCGUUGAUGUGUAUCCCCAAAUGAGGGCUGUUUUCUGGAUUGAAAAAGGGAGGGUUAGGCAGAAUGGGUACGAUUCACCUGCCCCAUUUUUAGAAAUAAGCACCACUCAUGUUAUUCCUUUUAAAGCUCAAGAUUCAGAAUGCCAUACUUUGAGUAUAUCAGCUAAGGUUGCUGGAAUACGGCUUGGUGGUGGGAUGAAUUAUACGGAAGCAUUGUUGCACCGUUUUGGAAUACUUGGGCCAGAUGGCGGGCCUGGGGAUGGCUUGUCAAAAGGAUUGAAGAACCUAUCCGAAGGACCACUGGCAAAGCUUCUUAAAGCUUCUCCUCAUGUUAAGAUGGACCGGGAAGAGAAUGGUCGUUCAGACGAGGGAAAUGAUGAGGGAAAUUUUGAUAUGGGAAUGCCAGAUGACAUGGAGUUGUUUAUAGAAUUGAAAGACUGGUUAUUUGCAUUGGAAGGUGAACUAGAGAUGGCAGAAUAUCGGCAGUCAGGUGGUGACAUUAAUGUUGAAAGAGAAGAAAGAUGUUGGCACACAACUUUCCAGAGUUUGCAAAUUAAAGCCAGUAGUCAAACUGAGAACACAGAGAAAACUGCUUUGACAAAAAAAUAUCCUCUGGAGUUGGUCACGGUGAGUGUAGAUGGCUUGCAGGCCAUAAAGCCACAAGUCCGAAGUCAGACAAGCCAGGCUAAUGGUGACACAAGUAAACAUGUAAGUGGAUCAAGUAGAAAUGGUAAUGGCAUUAGCCUUGAAGCCCAUUUGGUGUUAGCUGAGGAUGAGGAGACCAUGGACAUGACCAACUGGGUGGUUGAGAACUUAAAAUUUGCUGUUAAAGAACCGAUUGAAGCUGUUGCGACCAAGGAGGAACUGGAAUACCUUGUCCUACUGUGCAGGUCUGAGUUUGAUGCUAUGGGCAGAAUAGCUGCUGGGAUAUUACGGGUGCUUAAGCUUGAAAAGUCCAUUGGGCGAUCCACAAUUGAUCAGCUAAGCAAUCUUGGAAGUGACAGCUUAGACAAGAUUGUUACUCCUGAGAAAUUGAGCAGGCGAAGUAGCAUUAGCAGUAUUGGAUACACUCCACGAGCAAACCUUACAAAUGGAGGCAAUCAGUGUUUGGAAUCAACAGUAUCGUUACUUGAAACUGCAAUUGCUGACUCACAGGAUGUUUGCGCUGCCCUUGUGUCAGAAUGUUAUGGUUCAGAUUUGCCGACUAAGCAUCUGAAAGACAUGGAACAGCUCAAUCAGAAGCUUAAAAAAAUGAACAUUUUACUUGCCAGACUACGAACAGAUAUGCUGAUGAUGUGAUUGAUGAGCGUGCUCAUGUUAUAUAAUUUCGUGUGACGUGCUUGACAUAGUUGGCAAUUUUUCAUGUAUAUAGCCUUAGUUACUAGUCAUGUUAUAGUACAGCCUGAAAAUAAUCAGAGGCGCCCUUCUGUAUAAAAGCAGCUGUUGUAAAAUGUGAGGACACAACAGGGUGCGGCAUGGAUUUUGAUCUAUAUCUUAUUUAAACCUUUUAUGUGUAUUUUGUUUCAUCUGAAAGCGUUAAGCAGACGAUUGUUAUGUAGUCUUCAUUGGUAAGAGAAAAGAAGGUCCAAUAAAAUUGAGUUUGGAGUUUCA